UGUAAAGAGAAGACAUGUGCUAUUGAUGUGAAAUUCAAGUACAAGUGGAGCCUUAAGUCAAGCAAUGCAAGAAUACACGUGGAUCCACUUACAAUAUUAAUCUCUUGCCAUGUAGGAUUUUAUCUUCAAUCUUCAAUUCAAUAUAAAUUGUGGCCAAAGUGAAGCUACUAAAUAUCCAAGUGCAACAAUUAGCUUAGCUAGAGACUUAAAAUGGGAGGGAGAAUGUCUAAGUUGAGGAGAAUUGUAAGGCAACAAAAGGGGAAACUUUAUAUUAUGAGAGUGUGUAUCUCUAUGCUUCUUAAUUGGCAUAAGUACUCUUAGCCAUGAGAAGCACUUAUUUUGAAGGAUUUUCAACAUUUGAGGUCCAUCAGCAUUCAAUGAGCUUGUAUAGUUAUAGUUAUUAGUUAACAUCUAGGAAGUGUAAUACUAAUAUGUGGUUGCAAAAUGAGUAAAGAUCAAUUUUCUUCUUUAUA